AACUAUACCUCAUAUAAUUUCUCUUUUUCCAUCACAUAUAUAUCAAAUAAAUGUACAAAUUUAAGAUCAUGUUAUUACUUUUUUUUCCUUCAUUGUUUUUUUUGAUGUUUUUCCCUAAUGGGCUACUUGUAUGGGCUCAUCUCACGGCGAGACGGUCUCAUACAUUUGCUAUAAUGAUAAGGUACAAAAGUAUAAUUAAAGAACAAUUUUUAAUAAUAAGGAUUAACUUAUUUUGGGUAUGUUCAUAAAUUGAGCCCUAGACGAUUGCACAUUAAAACUAACCCAAAAAAUGACCCUCAUAAUUAUCAGCAUGGUAAUUGAGAGUUUGAGACGAUGGGAGUAUUGCCUAGCUUUCCCGUAGCCGAAGCAAAGGUAUUGGCUGUUUUACGUCUUUCAUGGAGCCGAAAGAUGGCUCUGUCCCAUAAACCCGUCAUCAAAUAUGUUGAUCGGAAGUUUCUCAAAGUUUUUCAUCAUUUGGAAGUUUCACGGGAUCAAUUUUUCAAUUAUAAAUUAUAGAAAGGAGUAUUUUUUAUUUUUUUUCUUAUUUUGCCUCCUUUUCGUAAAUUAGAAGUCAGUUUGUUGAAUACAAGGUCUUACAUCAAUCAGUAAAUGUAACACGGAUUUGAAAAUUUGGAUAUCUAAUACGGAUUUGAAUAUCAAAUUUUUGAGAAUCGCAUAUAAGAAUAUUGGAUAUUUUUUAAAUGAUUGGAUAUCGAAUAUCGAAUAUCGAAUAUUCGACAUUAUUUUGGAUAGUCAAAGAAGGAGAUAGCAGAUGUCAGCAGGCAAAAGCUAGGUCUAAUAAACUAGGCAUGGACGAAGAUAAAGGUUAGCAAGCUCGUGAGGAAGAUGAAGCGGAGUUGAAAGUGUUUCUAUGCAUGCCUAACUAUUUUGUUAUGUUGUAUGAUUGUUUUGUUUAUGUAACCAUGCUUGGGCCAUUGGCAAUAGUUGAAUUUAAGAAAUGAUCAUCAACCCAAACAAUUGAAUAAGGAGAAGUGGUAAUCCACUUACAAACUUACGAGAUUCACCAGUAAAAUAAAUUCGUAGUAAUAGGAAUUAUUCUUCAAGUUUACAGAAUGAUAUAGUGUUUUCUCUUUCUCCGAUAUGUGACAAUGUAUAUGUGGUGCGAUAAUAAUAAAGAGUUCAACAAAACUCAAAAUUUCAAAUGCAAAGAAAACUGAGUUUGAGAUAGUCUUAUAGCGGACAAAUAUCAAGACGGACAAACUUGGAUAAAAUGAAAAAAGUUGACUAAACAAUAAAAUUGGUGGACAAACAAAAAGCAAAAACACAAUCUAAUAGCUGGGUGCUUAUCUUUUUCACCUUUGUAAUAAGAAUUCAAUUCUCACCAUUUAUCGAACAAAUUAAUUGUCUCCACUUGUCUUUUACGACGAUUCUCUAGAAAUGGGAGUGUUUGGUUAAAUAACUUAUUAGACAAUUUCAGCUUAUUUUGAUUGAAACAACUUAUUGUUGUAAAUAUAAGCUGUUUGAACAAGUUGUUUAUAACAGCGAAUUUAAAAUCAAUUAGUCAAACCAACCAAUGUAAUUAACAGCUAACAACUAACAACUAACAACUAUUAGCUGUUUGCCAAACAUUCAAUUGUCCCAAAAUUAUUAUUUUUUUAGUUAGUGCCGUAAUUGACUAAAGAUUUGGGCUUGGGAUAUUUGUCCCCCAGGUAAGGGUAUGCCCGUUGUGGUGAUGAAGAUAACUGAUAAGUCUCCUUUUUUUUCUGCACUUUGCUGUUUGCCUGUUACACUCCUUGCUAGUUGCUACUCUCCGCCUUCACACGCCAGCGGCUAACCCAGUUUCAUUCCCAACUUCCCUUUCUAUCUUUACUAACCGUUGGUUGAAGAGCAGAAAAACGGAACUGCGAACUGUUGGCCUUGCUAUAUCUGGAAUUAGUAUAGGAGGAUGGAGGGAAGACCCGUGGUACUGAGUCAUUGUAGUAGCAGUAUAAAUUGCUCAAACUUACUGUCGAGUCUUCAUGACCGUCUUUCAGUUUCUUGGUGUCCUCAUCGACGAACUUCAGUUCCUUGCCUCAGUUCUAGUUCUAAUAGAAGUAGUGCAAGCAGCAAUUGUAGGCAUCCAAACAACUCAAAGCCUUGGUUGAGAAGACAGAUUAGAAACCAGAUUCUUGUACCCGGAGUUGGAGGUGGCGGUGAGGGUGGAACAACCGUUCUUAAGGAGAUUGAAACUACAUCCUCAACCUCAGAGAGUGGUAAAGAUGAUACCUAUACAUUGCCCAGAAUUGACAAGAAUGGAAGGUUUUGCAGUCCGAGAGCUGCCCGGGAGCUUGCCUUGUUGAUGGUAUAUGCUUCAUGUUUAGAUGGGCAUGAUCCAGUUCGUUUGUUUGAGAAGCGAAUGAAUGCUCCUAAAGAAUCCGGGUACGUUUUUGACAAGAGCUCCUUACUCCGAUAUGAUCACACGAGAUUUGGAGGACCCGCUGUUACCACCUCCACCAUUGAGGAAGCUGAUCAACUUCUUAGUGAACUUGAAGAAGAAUCAGCUAUUGAGGAAGAAGUUCUUUCAGCUCCUCUGAAGUUGGUGUAUAGCAAACUGCUACUGAGAUUCACGAUGAAACUGUUGGGUGCCGUAGUAGAUAGAUGGGAUAAUCAUGUCCUAGUGAUUGACAGAGUAGCACCAUCAAGCUGGAAGAAUGACCCAACUGGACGAAUUUUGGAGUUCGCAAUUCUUCAUUUAGCAAUGUCUGAAAUAUCUGCUCUAGGAACACGACAUCAAAUUGUCAUCAACGAGGCUGUGGAUCUUGCAAAACGGUUUUGUGAUGGUUCAGCACCUCGCAUCAUAAAUGGUUGUCUAAGAACUUUUGUCCAAGAUCAAUCAUUAAGUGCUAUCCGUGAGCAAACUGCAUGAAGAAUCCGUCGAAAGGGUGCACCGACUCUCAUUGAAGGUGAAGUGGAACUGCUCAUCGAACAAACUUGUAUAGCAGAUAGUUGCAUGAGGAUUUUGUCAUUCGAGACAUUAAUUUGUAGUUUUCCGUUCUUCCUCUGUAGAAUGUUACAGAUCUUCUCAGCAAAUUUCAAUGUUAUAUAAUGAAACAGAAUGAUAAGCAUAUAGUAUAUAUAUAUAGUCUAUAUAGUUCAGUUCGGAGAAUUCUGAAUUCUCCCCAUCAAUGGGAUCUCGAAAACAAACUGUAUUUUAAUGUAAUGCAAUAGGCUUUGUUAUGGAAUUAAGCAGAUUUAUCAGUUU